GGGAUAUGAUUCUAGGAGCAUCCAUCAACCAUUACUGGUCCUAAGACGAGAUCGAGUCGAUAAGUCUAUAAACUGUCGAAAAAGUGGAAACCGUUAUUCAGUUGAAAGAUUCUGAAUUUACGUAUUAAAAAAAAAAACGAUGAGUAGCUCCGGGAUGAGUGAGGACGCCGGUGAACCCGCUCGGAAGCUACCUCAGUUUGUGGCCGGACUGGCAGCCUCCGGAGGUGCCCUGGCCGCUGGAACCUUCCUCGGUUGGACUUCUCCGGUUGAAAUUCCACUGGUUCAACAGCAAGAGUAUGGAUUCGCUAUUACCGCGGAAGAAUUUUCAUGGGUAGGAUCGAUGGCCAAUCUGGGUGCGGCGGCCAUUUGUUUCCCGAUCGGUAUACUGAUGAAGAUCAUAGGUCGUAAAUGGGCCAUGCUAGCGAUGGCACUUCCUCUGAUCCUCGGUUGGUUGUUGAUCAUAUUUGCAACCAAUGUGGCCAUGAUGAUGGUCGGAAGAUUCUUCCUUGGUGUUGGUGGCGGAGCGUUCUGUGUUGCUGCUCCCACCUAUACGGCUGAGAUUGCUCAAGCUUCGAUUCGAGGCACCAUGGGAUCGUUCUUCCAGCUCUUGGUGACCACUGGUAUUCUGUUUGUCUAUGCCGUGGGUGCUGGUGUCAGCGUUACGGUGCUUAGCAUAAUUUGCGGCGUUAUUCCGGUGGCCUUUGCUGCGAUAUUCUUUUUCAUGCCAGAGAGUCCACAGUACUACGUGGAAAAGGAACGCUACGAUGACGCGUCGAAGUCGCUCAAGUGGCUCCGUGGAAGCCAGUACGAUGAACGCGCUGAAAUCGAAGAGCUAAAGGAAAACCAAGCACAACUGCUAGCCGACAAGGUCAGUUUCCUCGAUAGCAUCAAGAAAAAAACCACGAUCAAGGCCAUAAUCAUCUCCCUCGGGUUGAUGUUCAUCCAGCAAAUGUCCGGUAUCAACGCCGUCAUUUUCUACACCGUUUCGGUGUUCGACGACGCCAACACUGGAAUGGACGCCACCGAUGCCACAAUCAUUGUCGGAGUCAUCUUGGUCGUUGCAACACUGCUGUCCACGUUCAUCGUCGAUAAAGCAGGCCGUCGAAUUCUGCUCCUGAUUUCCGCAGGAAUGAUGGCCGUUUCCACAGCCCUACUUGCAGUGUUCUUCCAACUCAAGGAAGACGAUCCAUCCCAGGUGACCAAUCUCGGAUGGCUACCGGUGAUGUCCGUAUGUCUGUACAUCGCAGUCUUCUCCAUCGGUUUCGGACCUAUUCCGUGGAUGAUGACCGGUGAGCUAUUCGCCAACAACGUCAAAGCCUACGUUAGUCCCCUGGCGGGAGCCUUCAACUGGAUGCUGGCUUUCUUGAUUACCAAAAUCUUCGGCAAUCUUCGGGAUGCCCUCGGGGCUGCCGGUGUAUUUUGGCUGUUUACUGGACUUUCGGCCCUCGGUACCGUCUUUGUGUUCUUCAUGGUUCCGGAAACGAAAGGCAUCUCGCUCACCGAAAUUCAGCUUAUUCUAUCGGGGGAGAAAGUUGAGAAGAGCAAAGCUCAGCAAACGAAAGACGCCGUCGACGCUAACAGCAAUGUUCAAGUUUAGUUCCCGUAGAGCAGACAGGGUACUGCCCAUAGCUCAAAGUUAGUAACUAAGUUAUUUCAUUUAAACAGACUACGGUUCCGGAUAGGGCCUUCAUCCGCCCAAGGACGGGUGCUACCUCGAUGCCAAUGUAUGCGUCGAAUCGCAAUGAACCGUGUGAUUUUCCUACUGACUUUCUUAAGACAUCUGCUGCAUUACCUGCGUCGUUUUUACUUAAGUCAUCACUAGUACUUAAAGGUAUGGAUAUUUA